AGGUCUGUUCCUGAGAGGUCUUUGUGUGCCGUUUCCUGCCAGCCACCAUGUCUCCGAAGGCAGCCGCUUUCCUCCUCGGAUUCUUGAUUGCCACCACAGGGGCCCAAGACAGCCCCUCUCCCCAACAGCUGACUGACUUGGUCUGGCAGUACUUCACCCAGCUGAGCAGCAACGCCAAGGAGACCCUGAAACAGGCCCAGCAGUUGGACAUCAGCAAGCAGUUCAGGGACCUGAUGCAGGAUCACCUCCAGGCCAUCAACCCCUACACCGAGGAAAUGCAGAAAAAGUUGACCCUGUACAUCACCCAGAUAAGCGAAGAAGUGGAAAAGUUAAGUGAGAAAGUCAAGAUCGAGCUGGAGCAGCUGCAGACGGAUAUUGCUCCCUUCGCGGUGGAUGUCCAGAACCAGGUGACCCUGACUGCUGAGAACCUGAAAACGCAGCUGAUGCCCUACACUGACCAGCUGCAAGCCACGACAGACAUCCUGACCACCCAAAUCACCCAGAAACUGGCAUCUUUAGUGCAGGAGCUGCAGGCUCAGGUGAAGGAGAAUGUGGGUGACCCAGCCACCCUUUCCCCCUACAUUCAGAGGCUUCAGCAGACUGUCAACCAGCAGGUGGAAGACAUCAAGGUGCAGCUGGGCCCUUUCCCUGCAGAGCUGAAGGCCAAGGUGGACCAAGCGGUGGAGGAGCUGUACAGGGGCCUGUCCCCCUAUGCCCAGACCACGCAGGAGCAGCUGAGGCGGCAGCUGGAAGAGCUCUCCUUCCAGGUGGAAAAGAGCGCGGAGGCCUUCCGAGACAAGCUACAGGGAGAAGCUGAGCAGUUGCGGGGACGGCUAGACACGCUUCUACAGGGAGACCUGGCGUCCCACCUGGACAGCCUGAAGAGGGACAUUGGACAGCAGAUUGAGGAGUUCCGUCAGCAAGUGGGGUCCUACGGGGACAGCUUCAACCAUCUGGUGGUGGAAAAGAUGCAGAAACUGGGCCAGAGAUUGCAGCCCCAAGCCAGCGGGGUGGAAGACCACCUGAGCUUCUUGGAGAAGGAAGUCAAGGAGAAGAUCGUGGUCUUCAUGGACAGCCUCCAGCAGACCGAGGAACGCCUCCUUCCAGCCCUGGAGGAAGCAUGA